CAGGAGAGAGCACGGCACUCCGGCAUGCCCCCAUCACCAGGAUUUGGGGUGGGCAGGGGGAUUUCAAGACUCCCUGGCACUCGUAGCAUUCCUCCCCGUGGCGUCCAGAGAUAACACCUCGGUGGUGCAGAGCACCAGCACCAGCCAGGUCCCUGCCAGGGGUGGGGAGGAUGCCAGUUGCCUCGCAGCCCCAGACGGACUUUUGAGGGGCUGCCUCUCAGCUUGGGAUCUCUUUGGUGCACAGGGCCAAAAUUUUGCACAGCUGCCCACCUCGCCCCUCAGCCCUGCUCUCCGGCACUGUCCCCAGGCAGAGACCCGGCGGUGGAGGGCAGCAUGGCGAAGAGGGUGGCCAUCAUCGGAGGGGGCAGCAGUGGGCUGUGUGCCAUCAAAGCCUGCCUGCAAGAGGGGCUGGAGCCCGUCUGCUUCGAGAGGACUGGGGACAUGGGAGGGCUCUGGAGGUUUGAGGUAAUCCCUGCGAGCCACACGUCCUGCUGGGAGUCAGCAGCGUGGCAGCUGGGGACCAGUGGCAGUGGCCAGUGGGGUGGCACACAGCUGUCCACAACCAGUGUGUGCCGUGUGACCAAGCGCCCUGACUUCGCCGCCACGGGUCAGUGGGAAGUGGUGACGGAGAGCGAGGGGAAGCAGGAGACGGCCGUCUUCGAUGCUGUGCUGGUGUGCACCGGGCACCACACUGAGGCGCACCUCCCGCUGAGCACCUUCCCAGGCAUUGAGAAGUUCAAGGGCCGCUACCUCCACAGCCGAGACUACAAGGAUGCCCAGGAUUUCUCGGACAAGAGGGUCGUUGUCAUCGGGAUUGGGAACUCAGGGUUGGACCUGGCUGUGGAGAUCAGCCAAACGGCCAAGCAGGUCUUCCUUAGCACCCGCCGGGGCGCGUGGAUCCUCCACCGUGUUGGAGAUCAGGGCUACCCCAUCGACACCAUCUUCACCACCCGCAUGAAGACAUUCCUGCAGAAGCUGAUGACCCCGUCCAUGGUGAGCGACUUCGUAGAGAAGCAGCUGAACGCGAGGUUCGACCACUCACACUAUGGCCUGAAGCCAAAACACAGAAUCUUUGACCAGCACCCAACCAUCAACGAUGACCUGCCUAACCGCAUCAUUGCGGGAAAGGUGCUGGUGAAGCCGAAUGUCCGGGAGUUCACGGAGACAUCUGCCAUCUUCGAGGAUGGCACCAGGGAAGACAUCGACGCUGUGGUCUUUGCCACGGGAUACAGCUUCUCCUUCCCCUUCCUCGAGGACUGCGUGAAGGUGGUGGAGAACCAGAUCUCCCUCUACAAAUUCAUGUCCCCCCCUGACAUGGAGAAGCCGACGCUGGCUUUCAUCGGCCUCGUCCAGCCCCUGGGCGCCAUCAUGCCCAUCUCCGAGCUCCAGUGUCGCUGGGCCACCCGCGUCUUCAAGGGGCUGAACAAGUUGCCCCCACAGCACAACAUGGAGGCUGACAUCAAGCAGAAGACAGAAGCAAUGGCAAAGCGGUACGUGAGGAGCCGGCGGCACACCAUCCAGGUGGACUACCUCCCCUACAUGGAUGAGCUCGCCUGCCAAGUCGGGGGGGAGGCCAUCCUCACCCAGUGGCAGCGCAUCAUCAAGCCUCUGCAGACACGGCGUGUGGAGGAGCACCCCUCAGCCCCCACCAUGCCCCUUGUCUUCAAGCUGGUCGGGGCCGUGGCCGUCCUCGCCAUCGUUUUUGCUUACUUGUAGGUGCUUGCUCUUGCUGGGCUGCCCAGAGGGAAGGGAGGCUUUUUGGUGCAACAGCAGGGCUAGCCGGCCCCCCGCUACCCCGUGUCAGCCUGUGCACCCCAGUGCUGGCAGGAGCCCUCGUCCUGCCUGCCACGGCCCUGCUGCGGCCACAACACAAGCGCGGGGUGUGUGGAGCCUCCCCGGCUGGCGAAAUAAUGCCUCAGUACCCACACUGCACCUCCUCCCAGGGAGCCACCGCCAGGGAUGGACAAGGAAACCUGCUCACACGCAGGGUAAAAUCCAGUCCCUCGGGGCCAGCGCUUUUGACCCAGCAGGGAUGCAGCAGCUUUCCUGUCACCUAUAACCCGCCUGAGCCACCACUGGCUACACUCACACAAGAGCUAAGCAGCAAAGGCACCACAAACGUCCUAACUGGAUAA